UGACAACUCCACUGGAACACCUUCAGAAACCAUAUCACCCAGCCAGCAAUCUCGUUGCUUUGCGUUGAGACCAUGGCAGCUCAAAGAGAUUUAGAAAGCCAGAGGAAACCCUCGGAUGAGCGGACCCCGCUACUGGGGACGUCCGCCGAGGACGAGACAAACCAGCAACAUGCCCGGGAUCGGGGUGACGACGACGACCGCAGUGGGGAACACGAAGACGCAGAACAGGUUCCUUUGAUCGCAUCUCAGGAUGAGGAGGGAGAAAAUAAGCGCACGACCGGUUGGUGGCUGUGGAGAGCUUUUUGGAUCGUCCUUGCGAUUUUCUGCUUGGGCAUCUUUAUCAAAGGCUGGAUUGAUGCCAAGGACACAAAUUUUGAUCUCAAAGCAGCACUUAAAAGGGCCCUCGGUGGUGGGUUGAGCGGUGCUGCGGCUAUGGUCUUGCAAGUGUUGACUCUCAUGCCUAUAAGGACGAUCAUGAACUAUCAGUACCGAUUCGGGACUGGAUUCCAAGAGGCUGUCAGCACUCUUUAUCAGGAUGGUGGAGUGCGAAGAUACUACCAGGGUAUUGGGGCUGCCCUCAUUCAAGGACCCGUAUCUAGGUUCGGCGACACCGCUGCCAAUGCCGGCAUUCUUGCCCUCCUUGAGUCGAAUUCCUUCAUGAACCAGCUGCCUACGCUCAUCAAAACAAUCUUCGCUUCUCUUUGCGCUGCUGCUUUCCGCAUGAUCCUGACGCCCAUCGAUACUCUCAAGACCACACUGCAGGCUCAAGGCUCCAAGGGUACCGCGAUCCUCCGCAAGCGUAUCAAGACGCAUGGCGUUGGAAGCUUAUGGUGGGGUGCCUUUGCAACAGCCGCAGCGACAUUCGUUGGGCAUUACCCCUGGUUUGGAACAUACAACUACCUCUCCGCCAACAUCCCUGAGCCGGAAAAGGGCCAAUUAUUCUUAUGGCUUCUCCGCCUGGCUUUCAUCGGGUUUUGCGCUUCGAUCAUCUCGGACUCUGUGUCGAAUUCCCUUAGAGUAGUGAAAACUUACCGGCAGGUCAACGACACCCAAGUGUCCUACUCAAAGGCAGCAAAGCUUGUCAUCCAGCGGGACGGGUUCCUCGGUUUCCUUGGGCGUGGCCUCAAGACUCGAAUUCUUGCCAACGGUCUGCAAGGCAUUCUUUUCUCCAUCUUGUGGAAGCUUUUCCUUGACCUCUGGGAGAAGAAGACGCAUUCUUAAUCUUGCCCCGAUUCCAUUUACUUCCAGCUUAACCUGACAUACUGGCUAUUCGGUGGAAUAACAGUUUCACAAAGUUCACAUAGUAAAUGAGGAGAGUGUCUGGCGUUUAUCUUUGAAGUAUUGCUUCAGCCUAAAGCCGGCUUAUCUCGAGGGGACAUUGGGAUUUAUCAUAUAAGUAUGCACAUUAGGAGCACCGCUGCGUCUGUUGGUAAAGAGUACACACAUAGAUUAACCUCCAGCAGACAACACAAAGCCUUUUUCGGCUUUUAAGCCAUAGCCUUUUCCCAGUAACUUGACUGCGGUUUGAUCCUAUGUCCCGGCAGGAACAAUUCAUAAGGAUCGUGUCACCAGCUAGAGCUGAUUAUGCGUAUGCUUGUUACAAACACAAUGGGCAUACAACGCAGCUGGGAGAGUACAUUUGAAACAUGAUCUACAGCAGUAAAACUAUUCAUUUAUUGAAAAGAGAUC